GUCCCUAACUCUGUGUCGGGGUGUGAGUAUUGAUGUUGUCGAGGGGGACGGAAAGGAACGUAGCUCCACACACUCCACUUGAACCAGCGUGUUCGAUGUCUCGAAUAACCUUCUUGGUCCAACAGAGAGGAAAGUUACUUUAGGAGGAAACGGUCAGUAGAAAAGGAUGAAGCGCUCCAUGUGACCCCCCUCUCCGUCUCUCUCGGACGCCAUGAACCUGAAGCGGAGAUUCGACCUGUGAGGACUGGAGAGAAGUACUGAUCGGGACACACACACACACACACACACACACACACACACACCAUGAACUGGAUAACCUCCUGAACCGGCCUCCCCAUACAUACACACGUACGAACACACACACACACACACGCACACACAAACACGCACGCACAUACACACCAUGAACUGGUUGACCUCCUGAACCGUCCUCCCCACACACAGGCGUACACACACACACACACACACACACGCACGCACGCACGCACGCACUGGGGCGUGCCAUGGCCUCGCCGUUCAUGUGCAAGCUCUCCUCCCAGAAGCUGGGCCUGUGCCUGGUGGGCUUCGGCUUCAUCUGGGGCAUGAUGCUGCUCCACUUCACCGUCCAGCAGAGCGCCAACCACGAGAACAGCGCCGCCCUGCGCCAGCAGAUCCUGGACCUCAGCAAGCGCUACAUCAAGGCCCUGGCCGAGGAGAACCAGGACGUGAUGGACGGGCCCUACGUGGGGACCAUGACGGCCUACGAUCUGAAGAAGACCCUGGCGGUCCUCUUGGACAACAUCUUGCUCCGGCUGGGAAAGCUGGAGUCCAAGGUGGACAACCUGGCGUACAACGGCACGGCCGGGAACCUGACCAAUGGGACGGCCCCGGGGACCGGCACGGCCAUGCCCAGCGCGGGGAACGGCGAGAAGGUCAACGUGGCAGAUCUCCUGAGUGGAGCCCAGGAGAAGUGCGAGCUGCCCCCCCUUGACGGCUUCCCCCACUGCGAGAGCAAGAUGAAGUGGAUGAAGGACAUGUGGCGGUCGGACACUUGCUACGGUAACUAUGGUGUUGACGGCUCCACCUGUUCAGCCUUCAUCUACCUGAGUGAGGUGGAGAACUGGUGCCCACGGCUUCCCUGGAGGCAGAGGAACCUGGACGAGGAAGCAGAGAAGAAGAGCCAGACGGAGAUCCGGACGAGCUUCGACGACCUGUACCGGGUCAUGUCCAGCCGGGAGGAGUUCCGCUGGAUGACGCUUCGGAUCAAACGCAUGGCCGAACCCUGGCUCAGCGCCAUCCAGUCGCUGGCCGAGAAGCAGGACCUGAGCAAACGCAAGCGCAAGAAGAUCCUGGUGCAUUUGGGCCUGCUGACUAAGGAGUCGGGGUUCAAGAUCGCGGAGAACGCCUUCAGCGGGGGACCCCUAGGGGAACUGGUGCAGUGGAGCGACCUCAUCACCACCCUCUACCUGCUGGGCCAUGACGUCCGCGUCUCCGCCUCGAUUAACGAGCUCAAAGAGAUCAUGAGAAGGGUGAUGGGGAACAAGUCCAGCUGUCCAACCCAAGGGGACAAGGUGGUGGAGCUCAUAUACAUUGACAUUGUGGGCCUGGGCCAGUUCAAAAAGACUCUGGGGCCAUCCUGGGUCCACUACCAGUGUAUGCUGCGAGUUCUGGAUUCCUUCGGCACCGAACCCGAGUUCAACCACGCCCACUACGCCCAAUCGAAGGGGCACAAGACCCCCUGGGGCAAGUGGAACCUCAACCCCCAGCAGUUCAACACCAUGCUCCCUCACACUCCAGAUAACACCUUCCUGGGGUUUGUGGUGGAGCAGCACCUGAACGCCAGCGACAUCAGCCGCAUUGAUGACAUCAAGAGGCAGAACCAGUCCCUGGUCUAUGGCAAAGUGGACAGCUUCUGGAAGGACAAGAAGGACUACCUGGACAUCAUCCACAGGUUCGCGGAGGUGCACGGCACGGUCCACGGCACCAGCACGGUCCACCUGCCCACCUACGUGAAGAACCACGGCAUCCUGAGCGGCAGAGACCUGCAGCUCCUGCUGAGGGAGACCAAGCUGUUCUUGGGGCUGUCCUUCCCCUACGAAGGUCCCGCCCCCCUGGAGGCCAUAGCCAAUGGGUGCGCUUUCCUCAACCCGAAAUUCAACCCUCCGAAGAGCAGCAAGAACACAGACUUCUUCAAAGGGAAGCCCACGCUGCGAGAGCUGACGUCCCAGCACCCGUACGCGGAGGUGUACAUAGGGCAGCCCCAUGUGUGGACCGUCGACAUCGACAACCCGGCCGAGGUGGAGAGAGCGGUCAAAUCCAUCCUCAGCCAGAAGAUCGAGCCCUACCUGCCCUACGAGUUCACCUGUGAGGGGAUGCUGCAGAGAGUGAACGCUUUCAUCGAGAAUCAGGACUUCUGCCACGGCCAGGUGAUGUGGCCUCCACUGAGCGCGCUCCAGGUGAAGCUGGCGGCCCCGGGGAAGUCCUGUAAGCAGGUGUGUCAGGAGGAGCAGCUGAUCUGUGAGCCGUCCUUCUUCCAGCACCUCAACAUGGACAAGGACCUGAUGAAGUUCGGCGUGCGGUGCCAGACGGCGGACUCGGCGGGCGACACGGUGGUGCCGGCGUACAACGAGGCCACGGGGCACUGCGUGCUCCAGGCCGACCUCCUGCUCUUCAGCUGCGCGGGCGAGCACCCCUCCCUCAGGCGCGUCUGCCCCUGCCGGGACUACAUGAAGGGCCAGGUGGCGCUCUGCGAGGGCUGCCUAUAGCCCCGCCUCCCCGAAGCCCCGCCCUCCCCUCCACCCUCACCCUCGGAGCUGCUGGGCCAGGGAGGCGGGCAGAUGAACUCCAGGAGGGAGCGGCCUGCGGGGCGCAAUCUUUAUUUACGGCUUCUUCGGCACCCCGCGCGGGAUACGCGCACUUUUGCGUUUCGCAAAAACGACGGACCAGACGGCGUUUCGGACGUUGUGGACGAUGGAGGGACGUCUGUGGAAUAUUCCGUUUGAUGUUACGACUCUGGUGGCGAGAAUAUAUAUAUGUGUUUGUGUACAUACGAAACCUCUCCAAUAUCAGCCUGAAAUACUUGAAUUACAGGUAGUGUGUAAAGAAACUGAAAGAUGCCAGUACUCUCCGCUGCCCCCUGGCUGCUUGGCAGUGGAGCUGCGUAGCAGCGAAGUUACCCGAUCUCACCGUUGGUUUCGGUCUCGAACCACGCAUAGUCGCACCGUGGGACCAAUACGCCAGUUUUAUGUUGGGAAACCAGAACCGUCCCCGUUCCGACGGCUCUGCCGUUCAGCAGUUUUUUUUGUUUUUUAAGUUUGUAGAUUUGCACUAGUGUGUCACUUUUAGAGGUGUAAAGAGGUGCCAGUGGGUGUACAUUCACUCCCAGUUAUGUCCCGACACUGUAUAUGUACCGCCCUGUGUAGCCAGUCGCAGGCCCAUCGAGACGAGAGGCGGUCAGCUCGAGUUGUAAAGUCUAUUAGGAAACGCGCGAUCUCUCUUAUUGCUUAGAUCUGUACAAAAUCACCAUGGUCGUCCCUGCACAAGUGACCGUUGAGUUUUACAUGUUUUAAAUAGAUGCAAAGAAGAAUUCGAAAUGUGUAUUUAUAGAUGGGUGUCUAUAUUUAUUUAUAUAAAGAAAGGAAAGAUACGUGGAUAUGUGUACAGAACUACAUAGGUGUAGAUAUUGCUGCUCCUCGCAGAAUUCAGACGAUUUGAAACCCUUCGAUUGGCCUCCGGGGUUUCCUUUAUACUUGGAUAUUUUGAAUAAUUGCAUUCGUGGAUUCUCAGGUUUGUGACCUGUUGGGUGGAAUCUGCUGAAGUAAUGUAAAAGUUGUGAGGAAGAUGCACUAUGCGACAUGCUCGCUGAAGCUGAACAAAUGUUAUCGACACUGAAUACUGUUCUUAUCGGGGUUCGUUAUUUUCUAUUUAUUUUGUACAGAAAUCUUUGUCACAGGUGUUUGCUGAAUGGAACGCAAGUUUACUUGGUUUCUUUUUAUUUAUAGUAGACGGUAAGGGAGAUGAUAUUUUAAUUGAAGGUUAUUUUAUUUAAUGGGAAUUUCGUGCGAUCACUUUUGUAUAUGUGGGUGUAAGGAUGGAGUUGUUUGUUCAGAGUAGACUGUCAGUCAGUACCUUUGGAAGAAGUGGAUACUGCCUUUCUGCGUGUUUAACAGAAAUCUUGUGUUCAGCACAAAAAAAAGUCACGUUUUAUCUUUAAAAAAAAUCAAAGUGCCUGCCAAUGUGGAUUUCUGUGCACGUACAUAGGCGAAUUAAGGACAGAUUCAAUCUAACCUGCAUUGCACUUCAGCCUUAACUUGGAGCGAUCAUUGUGGGUUUGUUUGGCACAAAAUAUAUCUUUGAAAUAUUACUAAAAAGACUGAAGUUUGUUGUCAAAUAAAGGGGAAACCUACAAUAAUG